AUGGAAUGGCAUCCCGCAUCCUUCUUCCGAACGGACACCAUCCCGAAAAACCCCGUUGCGAUCUUGAUACUGAACCAGCCGAUCAAUGAAAAAGCAUUGGAUGCUGUGCGAAGACAUGCAUGCUACACGCUUCUCGCCGACGGCGGCGCAAACCGAUACUACGAUCUAAUGAAAUCCCGCUCCAUUGAAAACAUCGACCUACCAUCCUGCAUUCUAGGCGACCUCGACUCAAUUCAUCCUCACGUCCGAACGCACUACGAAACACACAAAGUGCCCAUAUUACAUGACCCAGAUCAAUACUCUACCGAUUUCACGAAAUGCAUCCGUUUCCUUCGCGCGCAUGCGCACGCGAUUGUGUCACAGGAAAACCCGACGGUGGGCAUGGGCGACAAUCAUGAUUUAUAUAUGACCCAUGUUUCAUCUUCGGCACCGACGACGACGCCAAAAGGAGAAAAGACGCAUCAGUUAGAUAUACUGGUACUAGGGGGCUUAGGUGGGAGAGUCGACCAGGGCUUUUCUCAAGUCCAUCAUCUAUAUGUCGAUUAUGAAGAGAAGAAGAAGAGCAAACAGUUGGGACAAGGAGAUUUGUACCUUCUUUCUGAAGAAAGUCUCUCCUUUAUACUUUCUCCGGGCAAGAAUAUAAUCCAUACACCAUUCACCCAUUGCCCAAACCUUCCGGAAUCCGAGGAGACGAAAGGGAAAGAAGUUUUUUCUGAGAACGUGGGUAUAAUUCCUCUCUCUGGAUCAACGGUCAUCUCCUUGCGCGGGUUCGAAUGGGAUGUCACAGACUGGCGGACAGAGAUAGGCGGGCAGUUGUCGACGAGUAACCAUGUUCGGAGCGAUAAGCUCGGAAUUGACGUUGAUGUUGACGCAAAUAGAGCGGUAUUGUUUACGAUUGAGCUGGGAGAGAGGUUUAAGAGGGUUAUUUCGUCUUAA